AUGGGAGGAGUUCGAGCUGUUGCUGCCCUUGCCUUUGCCGGAGUUGUUGGACUCACAUUCCUUGUUCUCGGAUGCGCACUCCCAAUGUAUGGAACAUGGUCCCCAAUGUUUGUCAUUGCAUUCUACAUCCUGUCGCCGGUUCCUCUUCUGAUAGCAAGACGAUUCCAAGAGGACAUGACAGGAACCAACGCAUGCAUUGAACUGGCUCUCUUCAUCACCACUGGUAUCGUUAUUUCUGCAUUCGCUCUCCCGGUUGUCUUGGCUCAUGCUGGAACGAUAAAGCACGGAGCAUGUUUCCUCAUCAACACUGGAUCAACAAUCAUGUUCGGGACUAUUAUCGCAUACUUCUACUUGCAUCGUGAUGACGACAGUGGCAGCUGGAGCCAAUCCCUUUUCUAA